UGGUUUUUUUUUGCUUGAGGUUACGCCAAAGGUUGUUCCCUUUUAUCGGAAUCGGUCCCGUCUUGAAAAGAUAUUUUCUCGGCUAAGUCAUCUCCGAUUCUUGAUCAACGAUGGCCUCGAAUUCAAUGCUAAAAGCCGUAAGAAGCUUCUCAUCGUCGUCGGCUGCGAACCAGUUGAUCAAGCCACCAGUCCAGGUAUUUGGUUUAGAUGGAAGAUAUGCUACAGCCCUUUAUUCAGCAGCAACUAAACUGAAACAGUUAGAUGUUGUUGAGAAGGACUUAGAGAAAAUGAAGAACACGCUUAAGACAGACAGAAGGUUCAGGGAAUUCAUCAAAAACCCAGUCAUAAAGAGAUCACUCAAAAUGGAGGCCAUGAAGGAUGUGGCGGCCAAGACCAAACUCUCAGUUGCAUCGACAAACCUUCUUUCCCUCCUUGCUGAAAACGGCAGGCUGAAAAGGUUUGACAGUGUCUCAGCUGCUUUUUCAACAAUCAUGUCCGGACACAGGGGCGAUUUGCAAUGCGAAGUCACAACUGCCAAACCACUGGAUGCCGAAUCAAAAGCUGAAUUGGAGAAAACACUUAAGCUGUUUGCCAAGAAAGGUGAAAACGUUAUAUUAGUGCUGAAGGUCAACCCCGCCCUUAUUGGAGGCAUGGUUGUCAGCAUCGGUGACAAAUACGUAGACAUGAGCGUUGCCUCAAAGGUCAAAAAGUACACGGAACUCAUCCAGGCCGCAGUUUAAUAAACCAACUCUUCUACUAGUACAAUAUCGAUUGAACAGGUUGAGAAACAAAAUAAAAUUAACUUCAUGCAUUGUCGACUAUCCGAAGGAAGAUUACAUUUUGAUUCACAGAAUAGAAACACCUCAAUAGUUGAAUUUGUUAAUUAAAAAAAAAAGAAAAAA